ACAUCUGUUGAAUAGGUAACAAAAAGGUGCACUGCGGCGAGUUCUAGACACUGUACAAAGUUUCACUAGGAAGAGCGCGAAGAUGAUAGACUAUGGAGUUGUCCCACGUCCUUCUUUGGGACGCACAGAGGAGGAGGAGGAGGACAAUGAGCAACAGGAAUCGUUCUUGAGGGCCACGAAGAGAGUCCUUGACCACCCAAGGUUGUUGGAUGUCACUUUUGUAUGCGAGGGGUCGCACGAGGUGCGAGCAAACCGAACGCUGUUGGCAAGUGGGAGCGAGUACUUCUUAGAGCUCUUCUAUGGGGACAUGAAAGAGAGCUGCGUGGACACGAUGAUACAUCUUCCGAGCGUGAAGUCAGACAGUCUGCAGGUUGUGGUCGAUUACCUUCAUGGUCGUCUAUUUCGAUGGAAUGACGACGGUUCCUGGGACAUAAUGGUGGGUGCCUACCUCCUAGCCGACCAAUUUCAUGUCAAGGGGUUGUGCAAGCGAAUCUUACGCUUGGUAUCCAUACUGGGGUAUCCGUCGGAGCUAGGGGACCUGCUGAACGCAGCGGUCCCGAGACAGGCAACGGCGAUUCUAGACGCUGCUGUUAAGGUAUUGAACACUGUGGUGGCAUUCAAGUCAGGGUCGUUCACAGGUUGGUCCAAGGAUAGCAUCAAGUACUGCCUGGAGAAGGUAGCAUUCCACCAGAGCAUAACCGAGACAAUCCUCGCAAAGGCAGUGGUCUCGUCAGCGUUCGCUAAUCUUCAUAGCAACAAAAAGGACGAUGAGUGCCAUGGUUCAUCCAUGGCCAGUGAUUCCAUGGACAAGGAGAUGGAGGAGCAUCUCGGCUCCGCAGGAUCCGAUUGUAUGGAUGGCGAGAACGGAAUUCACCCGGAGUUUAAGGGCUGCUCCUUGUCAGUGGAGGAUGUGGGGGAGGUAUUGAGGAGUCACAUCAAUCUGGCCUUUGUUAGCCCUAUAUUCUUGAAGAAUGGAAUCGAGCCCCUUGGAAUCUUGAGCUCAAAGAUACGUGCCGCAGUAUACGGAGUGCAAUCUGUCUGUUUUGCAAGAGGAAUGCGGUCUGAUUCGUUCUUUGUAAUGCCGUGGCGAUCCAUGUCUUUGGCACCGUCAUUGAUUGCACCACUAGCAACAGAAGAAAGCAAGGUUUGCAGGUUCUAUAGAGAGUUUUCGGUCCCAUCGAUCUGGCGUAAAAUGCUCUUCAGGAAUGUAACACUAGCAGCGCAGCAUCAACGGCAACGAAUGGGGAGUUUUAACAAAGACGGGUCUUGGAUUGUAUUGGGCGAACUGCUGUUCGUUGUUGACGCCGCCAGGCUGCUGGAGCAGCGCCAUGGCUGGGUGGCCUCUGCCCGAGUUAUACUGCAGCACUGAAGAAUGCGCUUCAAGCGCCGACCCAGGCAACAUCGUAUCUGUGAUGUUGGGGUUAGGCACUGCCAUAUCUUGUUCUUCACGGCAGCUGUUCUUCGUCUUCAUCAAGUUGGGGCUUCCUUCUUCAUCGUGGGGCUGGUGCUGUGCAUCUGGAGGGGUCUCUGACCCGGCGCUGGGCCAUCUGAGCACUCGGAGGCUGGGCGCUGCAGCUCUAAGCUGAGCGCCAUAGCCAGAGGAGGUGCUAGGUGUUCGGAGGUCCACAGGAGGGUGCUGGUGGUCUGCAGGUUGGGCACUGUGUCUUGAAGAUGGGCGCCCUAGCCGGGAAGGUGGCGCUUGAUGAGGGAGGAAGGAGGAAGGCUCCUAAAAGCUUAUAGAAGCUCUGUUUAGUUUGCUAGAGCUUGUGGAGCUGAUUAAAGUGGAGAGAGAUGGGGGACUGUGAAUUGAGAUUUCAUUCAAUUCUACGCGAGUUCUGAGCUUCCGCCGUGCAUAUUCCCGUCCGGUUUGGUGUGAAUUUUCUCUCCGAGUCUUCUUUGUCACCUUGCAUGUGUAUGGGAACAUGUUGAUGCUCUGUUGGAUGUUGUUUCAAUCGGUCACAUUCAGGCAGUUAGUAUAGUCACCUUGAAACAAGUUGAAGGUAGAGUUUGUGCUAUUGUCGAGAUAAAUAGAGUGCUACUAGUGUGUGUAUACUGAGCAACACAACAGGCUCGAGCGGGCUAGUGGCCAGCAUAACAAAAUUAGAACGUCGUA